GCCGCCGCCGCCGCCGCCGCCGAGCUGGGUUAUGGUCACCGGAACCUGAAUUGUGCUUCCGGGUCAGAGCCAUGGCGGUGGCAAAUUCAAGCCCCGUCAAUCCCGUGGUGUUCUUUGAUGUUAGCAUCGGUGGCCAGGAAGUUGGCCGCAUGAAGAUCGAGCUGUUUGCAGAUGUCGUGCCCAAGACAGCCGAGAACUUCAGGCAGUUCUGCACUGGAGAAUUCAGAAAAGAUGGGGUUCCAAUAGGAUAUAAAGGAAGCACCUUCCACAGGGUCAUAAAGGAUUUCAUGAUUCAGGGUGGAGAUUUUGUUAAUGGAGAUGGCACUGGAGUUGCCAGUAUUUACCGAGGGCCAUUUGCAGAUGAAAAUUUUAAACUCAGACACUCAGCUCCAGGCCUACUUUCCAUGGCAAACAGUGGUCCCAGUACAAAUGGCUGUCAGUUCUUUAUCACCUGCUCGAAGUGCGAUUGGCUGGAUGGGAAGCACGUAGUGUUCGGAAAAAUCAUUGAUGGACUUCUAGUGAUGAGAAAGAUUGAGAAUGUUCCCACAGGCCCCAACAAUAAGCCCAAGUUGCCUGUGGUAAUCUCACAGUGUGGGGAGAUGUAGUCCCAACCAAGACCGAAUCAUGAGUCAGGCCUUCCCUUGCUGUCCGUGACUUUCCUGAGUCAGAUAAGCUGAACUGGCUCCUGUGUUUGAAUUCCUGCCUGCUGGGGAAAUAUCACAGACUCCGAACCAAGAGUGUGUGCAUUUAAGUUUUUAAUUGUAAAUAAAGGUUUUUGUAUGUGUGUGUGUGUUAA